AGGGUCUCAUUCUAUUAUACAGGCUGGAGUGCAGUGGUAGGAUCACAGCUCACCACAACCUUAAACUUUUGGGCUCAAGCAAUUCUCCUGCUUCAGCACCCCGAGUAGCAGGGACUAUAGGUACGUACCACCACGCUUGGCCUUUUUUUUUUUUUUUUUCGGUAGAGAUGGGGUCUUCCUAUGUUACUCAGGCUGGUCUUGAACCCCUGGCCUCAAGCAAUCCUUCCACCUUGGCCUCCCAAAGCUCUGGGAUUACAGGCAUGAGCCAGAAUUUUUAAAUAUUAAGCCUUUUGGAUAUUGUUUCCAAGGGACAAGUGUCAAUCAGGCAGGCAGUAAGCAGAACACCCCCUACUCCUUGAAUAUUGAGCAGCACUAGCCAGCAUCUUUCAAUCUACAAACACUUCUGGGUUGAAAACUGGAUAAGGCUGUAGCUGAGAUUGGGGAGAAAGAAGCCUUGAAAUAGGGUUACCGAAGCCUUCCUCAACUGCUUUCCCUGGUGUUCUUGCAUGGUCCAGAGCUACACUCAACCUCUCUAAAAUGAGUGCACUUUGUCCCUUUCUUGGUAUUGAUGCAGUAGGAGGUUUCUUGUCUGUUCUCAUCUAGAAGGACAGAACUGUGGCAAACUUCUCAGCAAGAGAGAAGAAUACAUGAGUACGUGAAGUCAGCUGCUUUAUGGUAUAGCAUUCAGAUGCCUACUGAAGUUCCUUUUUAGGUAUAACAGGUGACCACUCCCAACUAAUCACUUUCUAAUACUUGCUCACAGUUACGACUUAGGCCAAGAAGUUCAAAUUUCCACUGGACAACCCAAGGUGGCUGGUUGCUUUAACAGGAAAAUAACAAUAUAAAAAAAGCAAGACACUAAUAUUCCCCUAUAACUGGGCCCAUACAUGAUAGAUAGAGUUAAUUCAUCAGUGACUAUUACCUACUGAACUUAGCUUUGGAAUUUCAUGAUUCAGCUGCUGCUUAUCUAGCUGUGUCAUCUCAGGCAAGUUACCUAAUCUUUCUGAUUCACAUGUUCUUCAUCAGUAAUAUGCAGAAUACAGGGUGGUUAUUAUGAUUAGAAAUAAUAUAUAUAGGUGGUCUAAUAGAAUGUGAUGCAAUAUGGUUGGUGUUGGCUCCAAAAUUUAUAUGUAGAAAAGAUUUAUGAACAGCAAUACUGUUGAAGAGGCAGUAAGGUACCUGCAUUGAAGUAUUUAAUUAUACAGCAAAGACAUGCUCUGACUUGGACUGUUUAUCAUGGGUGGUAGUGAGGCCAAUGGACAUCAUGGAAGACUACAAAAGACAAUGCUCUGUCCCAGGCCACCAUAUGAUAGAUGUUAAUGAAUUACAACUAUUAUUGUUACCUUGAAAACUACACUAUUUACAAGUACCUCACUGGGAUAAGCCAAAUUCAUAUUUUGCUAUCUUGUCUAUGUCCCUAAUUCUUGAUUGAAAAAUUGUAUUUAUUCUCCCUUAAAGUCUAUGGUCUCCAGGUCAGUUUAUCUAGGGGUAUUUUUUAAAUUGGUGAUUAGAUAUAAUUUUAUGGAAUAAUUAAGCCCCUAGUUUUUCACAGCCCCAUCAUGGCCACUAAUAAACCGAAAAAAAAUUAUACAAAAAUAGCCCCAGGAUAAUAACAUGGAAUCUACAGCAUCUAUUCCAAAUAUAUAACAAAGAAUGAAAGAAAACCCAGAAUGAUAUCUUGUACAGUCUAGCAAACCUGCAUAGAAAUCUUCAAACUAAGAAUCUGGAAAAAAAAAUUAAAGUGUAGGCAAUCUUUUCUUAUUUUAACAGAAGAAAAUCCAUAUUUAUCAGUUCAAUAUCCAAAAUCCCUAGAAGGCUGAAAAGUACAAACUGAGCAUGUUUGUCUCUCACACACCCACACAUCACUGGCUAAUUUAGUAGUUAAGAGAGAAGAGUAAAAAUGCAUAGGGAAAGGAGCACAUUUUAAUGUCUUGGAUUUUCCCCUCUUGGAAAAGACUGAAGUCAUGCAUUUCUCCAACGUUUCUACCUAGUAGUGAAAGUUGGAACUCCAGCGCAAUGGGGAUGGCCAAGGGUAAACGCCAAUAUAUACUCAGUAAUAUUUGUUGUUACGGGAAAAAAGAGCGGGAGAUACUUUGACCUAAAACCGAAACUCUCCCAGUACCAAUCAAGAUUCACAGUCCUUUUUCCUCAUUAACCUCUGGAAACCACCAAAUUAAGGAUUCCUGCUCGCCGCUCUAUUCCGUUCUUACAAACUGUGCCCUCGGGGUAGUGCAAAAAAGAACGUGCUCUAAUUCCAGGGUAAUUCCAAGAGAUAACUCGCCUUUUGCCAUCCCGGUUCUUUUACUAAAACUAAACCAAAAGCCAGCAUUAUUAUCGACCACACCGUGUACAAGGCUCAAAAUCGCCAGGAACAUGGGGCCGGAAACCUUCCUCCGCUGCGCCAGAGACCACGGUGCCAUAACAGACACAGUGAGCGCCCCUCAUCUUUAGGAGGCAGGGAAGGAGAGUUACCCUGCACCCCCACGGGCCGCCGGUUCGGUAGGUACAGCCGGGACUACGUCUCCCAGCAUGCAGCGCGGCUACGACCCGCGCCGCGGAACCACUGGAACGGUGCAUGCCGGGACGAGUAGAUUCAGUCUCUGAACGGCCCGGAGGAGUAGUCUUUCCCCUCCUGAAUGCCGCCACUCCGCAGUCCAGAGUAUUUGAAGAUCAAGCUGAAAUUGAGAGACUGACGAGAAUGGUCCCUUUUUAUUCCUAACAGAUUUCUUGCGACAAGGAAACCGGCAGUCUUCCGCUUCCGGUUGCUCUGUUGCCGUAGUAACCGCACCCAUAACAGCCGUGGUGGUUAUGGCUGGCCUGAGCGGCGCGCAGAUCCCCGACGGGGAGUUCACCGCGGUCGUGUACUGCCUCAUCCGCAAUGCACGCUACGCCGAGGCGGUGCAGCUGCUGGGCCGAGAACUGCAGCGGAGCCCUAGGAGCCGCGCCGGCCUGUCGCUGCUAGGCUACUGCUACUACCGCCUGCAGGAGUUCGCGCUGGCGGCCGAGUGCUAUGAGCAGCUGGGCCAGCUGCACCCGGAACUGGAGCAGUACCGCCUGUACCAGGCCCAGGCCCUGUACAAGGCCUGCCUUUAUCCGGAGGCCACCCGGGUCGCCUUCCUUCUCCUGGAUAACCCCGCCUACCACGGCCGGGUCCUCCGCCUGCAAGCUGCUAUCAAGUACAGCGAGGGCGAUCUGCCAGGGUCCAGGAGCCUGGUAGAGCAGCUGCCGAGUAGGGAAGGGGGAGAGGAAAGUGGGGGCGAGAAUGAGACCGAUGGCCAGAUCAACCUGGGUUGUUUGCUCUACAAGGAGGGACAGUAUGAAGCUGCAUGCUCCAAGUUUUUUGCCGCCCUGCAGGCCUCCGGCUACCAGCCUGACCUUUCCUACAACCUGGCUUUGGCCUAUUACAGCAGCCGACAGUAUGCUUCAGCACUGAAGCAUAUCGCUGAGAUUAUUGAGCGUGGCAUCCGCCAGCACCCUGAGCUAGGUGUGGGCAUGACCACUGAGGGCAUUGAUGUUCGCAGUGUUGGCAACACCUUAGUCCUCCAUCAGACUGCUCUGGUGGAAGCCUUCAACCUUAAGGCAGCUAUAGAAUACCAACUGAGAAACUAUGAGGCAGCUCAAGAAGCCCUCACUGACAUGCCACCCAGGGCAGAGGAAGAGUUGGACCCUGUGACCCUACACAACCAGGCACUAAUGAACAUGGAUGCCAGGCCUACAGAAGGGUUUGAAAAGCUACAGUUUUUGCUCCAACAGAAUCCCUUUUCUCCAGAGACUUUUGGCAACCUGUUGCUGCUCUACUGUAAAUAUGAGUAUUUUGACCUGGCAGCAGAUGUCCUGGCAGAAAAUGCCCAUUUGAUUUAUAAGUUCCUCACACCCUAUCUCUAUGACUUCUUGGACGCUGUGAUCACUUGCCAGACAGCUCCUGAAGAGGCUUUCAUUAAGCUUGAUGGGCUAGCAGGGAUGCUGACUGAGGUCCUCCGGAAGCUUGCCAUACAAGUACAGGAAGCAAGACACAAUAGAGAUGAUGAAGCUAUCAAAAAGGCAGUGAAUGAAUAUGAUGAAACCAUGGAGAAAUAUAUUCCUGUGUUGAUGGCUCAGGCAAAAAUCUACUGGAAUCUUGAAAAUUAUCCAAUGGUGGAAAAGAUCUUCCGCAAAUCUGUGGAAUUCUGUAACGACCAUGAUGUGUGGAAGUUGAAUGUGGCUCAUGUUCUGUUCAUGCAGGAAAACAAAUACAAAGAAGCCAUUGGUUUCUAUGAACCCAUAGUCAAGAAGCAUUAUGAUAACAUCCUGAAUGUCAGUGCUAUUGUACUGGCUAAUCUCUGUGUUUCCUAUAUUAUGACAAGUCAAAAUGAAGAAGCAGAGGAGUUGAUGAGGAAGAUUGAAAAGGAGGAAGAGCAGCUCUCUUAUGAUGACCCAGAUAAGAAAAUGUACCAUCUCUGCAUUGUGAAUUUGGUGAUAGGAACUCUUUAUUGUGCCAAAGGAAAUUAUGACUUUGGUAUUUCUCGAGUUAUCAAAAGCUUGGAACCUUACAACAAAAAGCUGGGAACAGACACCUGGUAUUAUGCCAAAAGAUGCUUCCUGUCCUUGUUAGAAAACAUGUCAAAACACACAAUCAUGCUUCGUGAUAGUGUUAUUCAAGAAUGUGUCCAGUUUCUAGAACACUGUGAACUUCAUGGCAGAAACAUACCUGCUGUUAUUGAACAACCCCUGGAAGAAGAAAGAAUGCAUGUUGGAAAGAAUACAGUCACAUAUGAGUCUAGGCAGUUAAAAGCUUUGAUUUAUGAGAUUAUAGGAUGGAAUAUAUAGUAAUAGCUGAUAGUGGCAUUUAUCAAAUGGCUUUGUUAUGUAAAUUUGCAUUGCUUUAUUUACCCUUUGGCAUCUUUAUAUCUGUUACAUGUUGAACUUUGUACACUUAUGCAUUAUAAAAAAAAAAAAAGUAGCUAAAACUUUUGCUGUUAAAUUUCCCAGAAAGUGACAUAUUCUAAGAACUUUUACCCCAGGAAUUAUGAAAAAUUCCAAACUUAUGAGGAAUGUUUAUAUCAGAAGUUGUAAUACGUUUGUUUCCUUUCCUCUGUUAUCUUUUGUGCUUUGACGUAUCUUGAGGGGUCUUUGCACAAGGAUUACAUCAUUCAGGGACCAAGCACUAUUUCAGUAAUAGUUAAGAGUAGUCUUUAAUCAUUUCAGGGAUUGUGUGAGAGUAGUCUCACAAUUUACACUCAUUAAUUUGUAAUGCAUACUUUUUAUAUAGACUUUAGGAUAUUUUGGCAGUGUUUAUUAAUAUGGAUAUAAUUCUUUACCUAACCAAAAUUCCUUAGGUUAUAAGUGGUUUUAACCUGCAAAAGUCAGUAACAAAUUUUGUUGCCUUAACAAAAUUAUGGUGCUAUAAUGUAGAGACAAUGAACGAUUAUCAAAGAACAAAUUUCCCUGGUUUUCUUUUGUUCCCUUUAAUAAUUUAAAUAUAUGAACAAGAUACACUGUUACUAUUUUCCAUGAUAACUUUUUAAAUAUCUAUCUCUGUGAGAAAUAACAGAGCUAUCCUGAGAACUCAGGGGUUUGUUUAAGAGACACAGGUUUUGUUAUGUUUGUUGCCCAGGCUAGUAUCCAGCUCCUAGGCUUAAGCAUACUCCCACUUCAGCUUCCCAAGUAGCUGGGACUACUGGCGCAAAUCACUGGGUCCAGUUCUCAGUUCUUAAUUCCUACCUUUGUGUCUGCAAUUUAGGAUAUGCUGGCUGUACAGUGUUUCCAUGUUGUAGCCUCUUGAAUAAGGAAAAAUCUCAGCCACCAGGUCUGACCAAAAAGGUCAAUUCUAAGUUGUAAUGUUCAUUUCAUGUCCGCAACUCCCAAGAGUUAUUUGGAGUUCCCACUGGGAACCACAUGCAUUCUGAUCAGGCAUUUUAUUUUCUGAACCUUACAAGAGCCUUACUAUUUGAUUUCCCACUCCUCACUCCUCUCUUCCCACAAAAAGUAACUGUCAAUCCUAACUUGACCUGGCUUAGAAAAAUCAAGUGUAUUAGACUGAAUCAUAUGCAGUUGUUGAUUUUGACAGUUUUUGAUGUACAAAACUAGCAGUUUCUCAUAGCUCAACCUAGUAGCUUUCUUCUGAAUGAUAGGGAACCUCUGCCAUAAUGAGAUGAUUUUUUCCUUCAAGGAAAAGGAACCACUUAGCCACAUAAGUACUGAUAAGAAACAUGCUCAGCAUAAUUCCUCUGUAGCAUGACCUCCUGAGUGCUCAAAUUGUAUUAUACCAGGAAAUUUGGCUUAUUGUGAAGUUCAAUGGUUUUGAAUUUAUGGCAUUUUAAAUCUUAAUUAUCUGAGCUGCUAUCAUUUACCACUGAUGCUUUAGUCUCACAUGUGGAGGACAAGCAAUGUUUAGUGACCUCUUCACUGCAUCCCAUAGCACAUUCAAUGUCUGGGAAAUGUUGUUUGACAACUUCUGUACUAAAAGUGUUGCUGCAGUAGCUUUGUGCCCCUGUCAAUCUUGGUAGCCCCUUAAGAUUUGGAAAGUAAAUGAACUGAAAUCUUGUUUUCAAUGGCCAUAUUAAAAUUCUUUUUUUUUUCCUGUUUCUUCUAAA